AUGCCUCCAGCUUAUUACAUGUCCACUCGACAUAUUAUUAUAAUUUUUAUUUUCAUCAGUUUAUAUUUCGAAAAUUUUUGUGAUUCAUGUGAAGUUAAUUUAUCUGCAUUAGAUCUAGCUCCUCAUCAGUAUAAUGGAUCUUGGUUUGUGGUUGCGCGCAAACCACCUAAGUCACAUAGUUUCGUUCCUCAAAACAUAACGUCUUCACUGAUAAAGCUUGAUGUUGAUGGAGAUAUCAUACACAUGACAGAGUAUCACACCAUAAACACGACAUGCAAGCCGCCAUUGAUUGGAACUUGGACGAAGCAAAACAAGGGUUACGAUAUGACUGUAACAGAAGAAGAUGGAAAGAUAUUCAACAUGUCUUUGUUUCCCAUUUUUCAUGGAUACAGCGGAGAACAGAACGAGGAAAUGAAUAUGGUACUGUAUGGAUGUUCCAAGCGUGAUAAAGAUAAAAAAUGUGAACGCGGAGAGGAAUUGGUUAUGGUUAUGUCCAACUCCAGACAUCCUCAAACAUUACAAUUAUUUAAGUCAGCAAAGUUAAUUGAAGACUCCGCUUGUAUAGAUAUUCUUGAAUUCCGUAUUCUUGAGACAUAUUCGGCUUGCGGUGAUGAGGUGGUUGAUGAAGAUCAGAAGCUGGUUCACGCUAGAAUUGAUGAAAAUAAUGAAUUUGUAGAUGUCGAGUGCAAAGUCGGCAACUUCAGACCACCACCGAACAAUAUAUCGAAGUUCUUUGAUGAACCACGCAUUCUUACUGUUGUGGCUUAUAUCGAUCCGAUUCUGAGUUUAGAACAGAUCGCCCAUAUUUCUUGUAUGUAUAUUUCAAAGCAACAUGCAACUUGCGAAUGGAUAAGGCAAAACAGAUGUUUACGGACAGAGCUUUACCAAAAUUUAGAAACCAAAGGAUAUGUGGCUAUAUCUUCGAACUACACAACUAUAGCAGGAAACACGAGUGAGAUCGAUUGGUCUGGAUCGGUCAUUUGGGAAAACGGGGAUGAAUACAUUUCGAUUCAAUGCAUGAAAGUAGAUGAAGACGGCGCUUGCGACUCCAAUAGAGUUUAUGUUUGGUCCGAUGAAGAUCAUAUGGAUCAGCCUACAAUAAACGAAAUAUAUCGGCAGCUUCAAGCUUAUUGUAUCGACCCAACAGAUCUCGUUUUCUUAAAUACUUUUCAUGAAUGCACGGAACAGAUUGAAGCUAUUCAAAGUGAAACGACAGAGGCUUGUGAUGCUUUUUCGAAGUUCCCUCUAACAACUCAGAUACUAGAAGGCGUUUGGUAUUUUGCUGCUGAUUUGAAUGCUGAACCAAAAAUUUUCUUGCAAUCUGCUGUUGUUAAUAUGUCAGCUAACCCUAAUGAAACAGAUGUUCUAUUAUUCCAAUAUUUUGCACAAAAAGAGGUAGACAGUGAAUGUGUCGGACCAGGAGAAGGCUAUGUGACCAUUGCUGCGAACAACGAACUACAUGUCACUGUUCAAUACAGUUAUACAUUUGCUCCGAGCUAUAAGAACAUCAUGAAAUUCAAAUACCAAGUACUGUACAUCGAUAAUCAAAGAGCGGUUUUGUAUUGGUGCUACAAAAGAGAUGUAAAUGGCAACUGCACUCAGCAUGAUGUGAACUUUAUGAUUAGGUCCCGACAUUUCUCACGUAAUGACUUGACCAUGAUUUCACCAUACUUAGAUUGCGUAAAUAUAGACAAAGAAUCAUUGAGAUGGUUUGAUUUGCAUUCAUUGUGUGGUACGGAGAUGGCUGCAACCACGAGACUCAGAAGAGAUCUCAUCACAUUGUCUCACGUGGAUGUACUCUACAUAUUGACGAAUGUUCAAGAACCUCAAUGCCUUAUAUCACAGUUGAAAGGUGUAAAAGCGGAUCUGACUGCGAUGGAGAAAGCCGGCACGUGGUAUUUGGUAUCUCGUUAUGACGAAAUGGCAAUGGAUACAUAUGCUAUGGUUGGCAGAAUCUUUGCAGUAUCUUCCACCACGGCAGUCUUAAAGCUUCGUCAAUCAGCAGCUUUGCCCGGUGAACCUUUAGACUGCUUCACACGUGUGUUCACCAUGAAUGAGUUCAACAAUGGAACCGAUUAUUGGUACGAGUUGCACUACGAAUCAACUACUAAAAACUCAACAACGAUGAUUUUCCGAUUUCUUUUCUUCAAUAGGCACGUGGGCGUGGUGUAUUCUUGUUUAGCCAACAAAGCAGAUGGACAGUGUGAUGAGAAAGCUAUAUACGUCAUUUCUCGUCAUGAAAGUAUUGACCACGCUGAGUUGAUUGUUUUGGAAACUAUAGCCAAGACCGUGUGUGUUUCUCCUAAUGUUCUUUAUCAUACCGCAGUCCACGAUGAUUGUGUGUUCGACACAACGCAACUCAAACAAACUCCUUGUUCUAACGUCCAAGAGGUUGACGCAGAUGCAGAAUGGCUCAAAUCAAACUCCACAGAAAUGAUGUCAAACUAUGGUACGAUAGUGUAUCAUGCAGUUGCAUCAUCUCGAAAGCUGGCUGAUCCGGUAGCAUUCCGUUUUGAUGGAAUAACCUUCCAGAAAAUUAGUGAUGACCCCUCAGGGUGUUUGUCAUCCCCUACUACUAUCGACUUCUCUUCAAGAAAUCAUCUAUUAGGCCGAUUAGGAACUGGUGAAAUAGUCUUACUUCAUCCAGCUGGACUUCGUGAUGAAGUUAGGCUAAAGGAAGCACAGCAAGUUGGAAAUAUGCCAUGUUUGUAUCAGUUGUCUACGCAAGAAGUAACUUGUAGCUUACUGCAGAGGAAAUCAUGCCUGAUUCCUGAGAAGCUGGAAAAUAUUGAUGAGCUGGAAGGACAGUGGUUAUUGUAUGCUUCUGAUCCUUCAUAUGUUCUAAAUCAAAGGUGUUCAAUUCAAAACACCGCGGAAAAUGAUUUCGAUCUGAAUUGCCAUAGCGAGAGCUGGAUCGGAGAAUGCGAACGGGAAACGACGUAUAGGCUCAAACUAAUUGAGAAUGGAAGUUUUGAGUUGGAAGCGAUGGGAGAUGAUGCUCCCUUACGUCAUCCCAGUGAACUGUUUCACAAGGGCAAAUUAAGUGUAACUGCUGAACGCCUUCUGAUGAUUGCUGAUGAUGAUUUCUUUGGUCGUCGCUAUUCCGUUUGGCUCAAGAAGAAUACUGACUUUACUCGUGAUGUUGAAGCGGAAGUUGCAAAGUAUUGUGUGUGGCCCGUCGGCCCUCAAAUAAGAAGUAUGGAGCAGGGCGGUUGUCUUGAAAAAACAAUUUGA